GGCUGGGUCGGCUGUCCGCGGCUCGCUGCGCCAGGGGCGGAGAUUGCAGAGGCUCGCGCUCAGGGAGCGGGCGCGGCUGCUCGGCCAUGGCCGAAAACCUGUGCCGAGCCCGGGCCCGGAUUUAUCCCCCGUCUGUGCUCUUCCUGCACCCCGAUCUGGGCGUGGGCGGUGCCGAGCGGCUCGUGCUGGACGCGGCCCUGGCGCUGCAGGAGUACGGCUGUGACGUGAAGAUAUGGACGGCGCACUACAACCCGAACCACUGCUUCUUGGAGACCCGCGAGCUCCCGGUGCACUGCGCCGGGGACUGGCUGCCCCGCAGCCUGGGCUGGGGCGGCCGCGGCGCCGCCAUCUGCGCCUACGUGCGCAUGGUCUUCCUGGCGCUCUACGUGCUCUUCCUCUCCGGAGAGGAGUUCGACGUGGUGGUGUGCGACCAGGUGUCUGCUUGUAUCCCAGUGUUCAAACUGGCCAGACGGCGUAAGAGGAUCCUGUUUUACUGUCACUAUCCGGACCUGCUGCUUUCCAAGAGAAAUUCUUCUCUUAAGCGCUUCUACAGGGCUCCCCUGGACUGGAUCGAGGAAUACACCACAGGUAUGGCGGAUCGCAUCUUGGUCAACAGCCAGUACACCGCUUCCGUCUUUAAGGAGACCUUCAAGACCCUGUCUCACGUAAACCCCGAUGUCCUCUACCCGUCUCUGAACAUUGCCAGCUUUGACUUGGCUGUUCCUGACAAGAUAGAUGACCUCGUCCCCAAGGGAAAGCAGUUCCUGUUCCUCUCUAUCAACCGUUUUGAAAGGAAGAAAAAUCUGCCAUUGGCCCUGAGCGCCUUAGUCCAGCUUCGCGCCCGGUUGCCGUCUCAAGACUGGGAGAAGGUUCAUCUGUUCAUGGGUGGUGGUUACGACCACAGAAUCCUGGAGAACGUGGAGCACUAUAAGGAGUUAAAGAAAAUAGUCCAGCAGUCAGACCUUGAGCGUCACGUGACCUUCCUGCCGUCCUUCUCAGACAGGCAGAAGAUCUCCCUCCUCCACGGCUGCCUGUGUGUGCUCUACACUCCGAGCAACGAGCACUUUGGCAUCGUCCCUCUGGAGGCCAUGUACAUGCAGUGCCCCGUCAUUGCUGUUAAUUCAGGUGGGCCCCUGGAGUCUAUCGUCCACAAGGUCACGGGGUUUCUGUGUGAGCCUGACCCAGUGCACUUCUCGGAAGCAAUGGAAAAGUUCAUCCACAAACCAUCCUUAAAAGCCGCGAUGGGCCUGGCUGGGAAAGCCAGGGUGGCAGAGAAGUUUUCCGCCGAAGUCUUUGCAGACCAGCUCUACCAGUAUGUCACCAAACUUGUGUAGUCAGGGGAGUCUAUAGUAUGGGGCCUGUAUGCUACAUGCUCUGCAAUCUUUAUGGGUUGUAGAAGCACCUCUGAAACCAAAAAAAGGAGCUAGAAACUAGUGCUAGUGAGAUUUUUUUCUUUUAAAGUAGACUUGAGUCUUGAAUGUGAGCCCACUGUCCACCAUCCCUACCUGUUAUUUUCUGAAAAUAUCCUUAAUGCUAUAAUCAUUCCACAUUUCUUCGAUGUUUGUGAAAGAAUGGUAGAAAUCUGCUGCUAGCAGACUAUUUUAAUUCUAUUUUUCUGGAUUAUUGUUCCUUUAUAUAUAAAGGUUUAAUCAUCCAGUGCCUUAAUUGGCUUUAAUAGUUAAGUCUUAGCAUUGUCACAGUUGAUUGAUUUGACUUCAGCGUGCAAUGGAAACGGGACUAUUGUCAGUUCACUUAAAGUGUUCUCUGUUAGCUGCUAGGAAAUUUUUGUUUGAUUUUUGCCAGAAUCCAUAACAAGAGUGCUCAGUAUUAUUUAUUGUUUAUGGGUGGGGGUUGGUUUUUGUUUUGUUUUUUUACUGCAAGUGGACAAUAAAAUAUGUUUGACAUAAGAAAAGAUUAAAAUCGCUGGGCGUUGGUGGCGCAAGCCUUUAGUCCCAGCACUAGGGAGGCAGAGGCAGGCGGAUCUCUGUGAGUUUGAGACCAGCCUGGUCUACAAGAGCUAGUUCCAGGACAGCCUCCAAAGCCACAGAGAAACCCUGUCUUGAAAAACCAAAAAAAAAAAAAAAAAAGAGAGAGAGAGAGAGAAUAAAACAUUAGAUCUGGGCCUUCAUGCUGAUUUUAUCUUGCUGAGUAAUGAAACCCAAAGUCAGAAAACAGGUAUACUAGACAGUUGACACGAAGAAGGACUAUCAUCACAUGUGUUGGGUUACUGUAUCAGAGAUUACCCAUGUUUGAUCCUAUUUCUUUGAGCCUAUGGCAGAUCAGUGUUUAUGACAGGAACUCAUGGUAGAGGAGGCAACCAGGAAGCAAAGAGAUAGAAAGGUCCCAAUUCCCCUUCUAGAGAUCACCCUGAUGAGCUAAUUUCCUUCCACUAGUUCUUCCUACUAAAAGUUCUGUCACCUCUCAGUAGCAUCAUGGGCUAGGGACGAAGCCCUUCAGGGCACAGGCCUUUGGGGAUGUAUUAGUCAGGGUUCUCUAGAGUAACAGCACUUACAGAGUGAAUCUCUCUCCGCAUAUAUACAUAUAUGUGUAUAUAUAAGAAACUUAUAUAUACCACAUAUGACUUACUGCAGUCCAGCUAAUCCAAUGAUGGCUGUCUGUGAAUGGGAAGUUCAAGAAUCCAGUAGUUUCUUGGUCCAUGAAGCUGGAUGUCUCAGCUGGUCUUCAGCAUGCUCUGGAAUCCUGAAGAAAUAGGCUCUAAUGCCAGUGAAGAAAUGGACUUGCUAGCAAGGCGAAGACAAGCAGGCAGAGUGCAAAGGCUUCCUUUCAAAUUCUUGUAUAGACUUCCUGGAAGGCGUGGCCAGAUUAGAGGUGUGUCUUCCCACCUCAAGAAGCAAGAUCUGCCUACUUCAAAUUAAGCAAAAAUCCCUCACAGAUGUGCCCUCUAGUUUUGGAUUUUAGUUCAUUCCAGAUGUAGACAAGUUGACAACCAAGAAUGACCAUCAGAGGGGACAUUCAGCAUCUAAACUGUAUACCAAGCAUCGUGUUUCAGACAUGUUCCUUAAUGUCGCUGAGUCGCCAGCUCUCUUAGUGUUUGUCAUAUAUUCUCUCCCGAGUUUAGCAUGCCAGUGUUUCCUGUCCCUCAUUUAAAUGACUUUGUGUGAAGCUUGCUUGAACCUCUGCUCCCCUCUGAACUCUAUCCCUGUGACCCUGCCCCGUCGCAGUGAUUCAUUGUUUACCUGUUGCUUGUAAGUACAAAUAUUAAAGCAAUUUUCAAUUUGCCUUUAAUGUUAAAUUCACCUGUAAGGAUAUAAUAAUAAUAAUAAUAUAUAAAUACCA